UUUGUUUUGUUCCUCCACAGAUCCGGUAUUUUGUUUGCCAGUAGAUUGGAUCAGCGGGACGGCAGCUCUUUAGUUUAUGGUCUGAGUAACCUCAGUGGACCCGCUGUAUUUAUUAUCUAGCGUAAAAAUAUUGAAAUGGAAAAUCUGAGCCAACUUCAAAGCUCAGCGGAAGUCGAGGCUUUAAUUAGAAGCUUGGAGGAUGAGUCUCUGACCAAGUUUAUCACUUUCUCAGUGGACCGACAUUAUAACGACAAAGAUUGGCAGCCCUUACCGAUGAACCGGGUUCAUUGGCAAUGGGCCGGCGGUUCUGGGAUGCCGGCCAUCAAAUUCACUGGAAUCCCAUUUAUGUUUGUGGGAUCCAAAAGGCUUGUCUGCCACCAAGGGAAGGAUCUGGCAGUAGCUCAGAAGAGGAAAUAUUUUGAAGAAAAGGUUAAAAAAAAGCUGGAGGAUCAGAACUUUGGUGGCCUAAAAUGUCGUAGAGCAAGCAAAAAGGUUGGAUGUCCUGCAGCUGUAUCUAUCAGCAAGCUCGCUGUAUUCCCAAAAUUCAAGAUGGAUGACAACACAGAGAGGGCUAAGAAGAAAGCUUCCAAGAUGCUGAGGAUCGCCUUGGAGAGAGAUCCAGUCGUCUGGGAAACACUUUACGCUGUCAUACAUUCCAGUGAGCAUGCGGGGCAUGCAAACGGGAUGAACGAGACCAAGGUGAGCUCAGAAUCCUCUUUACCUCUGCGGAAACGAAGGAGAAAGUCAGAUCUGAAGAAGAAAUGUUUCAAACUCACCAAACAGCUCAUGCACAGCCUACAUACUGUUGAGGACCUGCACACGCUCGAGGAUGUUUCUCAAGUUUUAAACACUCUGCUGAAAGAUGUGGCUGCUCUGAGCAGCUCUGUGGAAGGACAGCUCCAAGCAAAGAGACUCCGAGUCUCAGCAGCCAAUCCAUCUCUGCUGUCUCAGAGGUGUUUAGGACAACCAAAACACACCGACUGCCUGGAUGCUUAGGCAGAGAAUAGGCAGGAGCCUCCCACUUAGUCUUUACAGGUUGUUUUUGUUUGGUUUGCUAAUUUAAUUCAAACAAUUAUUUCCUACAUGGUAAACAUUCAAAUGGAAAAGAAACCCUAAUCUUUUCAAAAUACUGCCUUACAUUCUUUACAUGCAUCAUCACUCACAUUCACUUAUUUUAAUAAGUGUUCAGUACAAGAGAAUCUAUUAUCUAAUCUAAAUGUCAUUACUGUAAAAUAACAUUACAGUUAUAGUUUAGUUUAAUAUGUUGAAAUAAAUUAGAUAAAGAUUAUUGAAGCUGUUGUUUAUUUGUCAUAAAUUAUUUCAGUUGGUCAUUUUCAAAACAUUUUACUGUGAAAAUAGUUAUAUUUGCAAUCUGAAAUGCAAAAAGUGUUCUAAAAAUGUAAUUUAAUAAUCAAAUUAUUAGUAAAAAGGCAUUUAAUCU